UUUUCAAUAAUUUGGUGUAAUUCUCUGACAGGUUGUGAUGUUUUUAUGUUAUGAGAUUUUAGGGUUCUUGAUUCCAAGUUUUCUGGGUUUUUAGGGUUUUCGAUUAUUGAAAAACUUUACUCUGAAGAUUGAAUGAUUACUUGAGGUAGAGGUUAUCAAUUUUCUCAAUCCAAAUCUCGGUUGUUUUAUAGGUUUAUGAUCUCUGGAAAGAAAUCUAGGUUUUUGAUUACUUUCUAAUUUUGAUGGGUUUUCAAUUGUUGUGUUACUUAGUUUUUAAGCUAAGUGAUUUAGAUAUUGGUCGUUGAGGUCAAUUUUGUAUAGAUUCUGGUUCUUUAUGUCUCUCAGGGUGGUUGGUUUCAGAAGGUAUGGGAGAUGGAGAUGAGCAAAGUAAAGAGUUAGAAGGACUCUCGUCUUCGAGUCGUCGUUCUUCGGGUCCUAGUUCUGCAAAUGCAGAGGCAAGAAUGAAAUUUGCUUCUGUUGAUGCUAUAACAGAAUUAGUGUGGUCUCCUGGAAACGGUCUAAGCUUAAGAUGUGCAGAUAUCAGUUUCACGGGAAAAGCAAAAUUAGUCUCUCCUAACUUCUUUGACAUAGGACUAACCAAUAUGGCGAUUCAUUCGAAUAGUACAAGUAUCGAACACCAAGAAGAUGUCGAAUUGAGAAGCCGAGAUCAAGUGAACCAAGAAAGGAUUGGUGGUUCUGUUGAGGAUAUGAAACCUGAAAUGGUUGAGGAUAAGGUUGAAACCGAUGAUGAUAUAAAGAAUGAAGUAGCAGGAAGUUCCAAAAGAUCGUCAGAUAGUCCGAAAGUUAUGGAAGGAGAAACCAGAGACUUGUUGGUGAAUGAACAGUUGAGGAUGGAAAGUGCUGGAUCUCAAGAAGGACCGACUAACCGUGGAGAUAAAGAUGAAGGGGAUAAGGCGAAUAAUAGAAUUGAUCGUUUAGAAUCAAUGGAUGAGAAUAACCUUGCAACUCUUGCUGUUGUAGCAUGUGAAGGCCAAGGGGAAUAUUCACUGGAGAAUGAGGCUGGACCUAGUGGUUCCUACAGGCGGCGUGUCAAAGCCAAACGGACAGAAAAAGCUUUAUCCGAUUGAAACUUUGAUUGUGAUGAAGAGGAUGAUGAGACGAAGCAAGAUAGUUCCUUCAUGAAUUGGAUAUCAAACAUGACAAAAGGGAUCUGGAAAGGUAAUGAAGAAGACGAUUCUCCUUUUGCAGCUCUUACCACCACCUCAGAUGCUAAUGGUCAUGGCCAAGUCAAUGCAAUCGUUGACCAACAACAAUUGAGUCCAUGCUGUGUGAAGGAAAAUAGUGGAUGCAGAAACACUGGUUUCCAGUCUCUUUUCCAGUCUAUAUAUUGUCCGAAGAAACGAAGUCAAGAUGCCGUCGAGAUGGAUUUCCCGAAUGAUGCUAAUGCUACUUCUUUGCAGGAACUUCCCUGGAUUCCUGAACAAUGUGGCAUUGCCAAAGGGGAUGACUUGUCUUCAUCUGAUAAUGAUAUUGGUCCAGUGGCUGAACCCAACAUUUCAUCAGGAAAAGUUGGAUUUAAUCAGCGAAGCGAAACACUCUCGUCAGAGAACAAACGUGAGGACAAAGAACCAAACAUCUCUUUGAUGUCUCUUAGUAAGUCUAAGCCAAAUGAAGAGCCAAAAAUCUGCGGUGAAGCUGGUGGAAAGGUUAGUCCAUGUUUAAACAACAGAAACUCUGGUCUUCAAAGUUUGUGGAUAAGCCGGUUUUCUUCUAAAAGUCCGUUCCCUCAGAAAAAGACCAGUGAAACGGCUAAAGAGGUCAAUGCUUCAGCCUCAGACACAGCUAAAACCCAUGAUUCGCAGAAAAUGCUGGUAAAUAAUAAUGUUGUAAUACCCAGUAUCAGCUCGGUAGAUGGGCUCGAUAAACUGAACACUGUCCUUCCCAUAGUUUCGUCAAUGAGAAUAGAGUCUUCAGAAGCAAUGGCUUCUUUGUUUGCUAGAAGGUUAGAAGCAAUGAAACACAUCAUACCCGCAGGUUCUUUAGCUGAGAAUGCGGAGGAGGAACAGCCAAAUCUAAUCUGUUUCUACUGCGGUAAAAAGGGUCAUUGUUUACAGGAUUGUUUGGAAGUAACUGAUACUGAGCUCAGAGAUCUAGUACAGAACAUAAGUUCUCGGAAUGGAAGAGAAGAAGCGUCAAGUCUAUGCAUUAGAUGUUUUCAGCUAAGUCACUGGGCUGCAACAUGCCCGAAUGGUCCACUGUAUAGUUCAGGAGCUGAAGAUAGAGCUAUGAAGCACACUUUAGCUUCUACCUCUGGCAUGAAGCUGCCCGUAAGUGGUUUCACAGAUGUACCAAAGGCGGUCUUUGAGGCUGUUCAAGUGCUUCGCCUCAGCCGCACAGACGUUCUCAAAUGGAUAAACACCAAGAAGUCUGUAUCAGGUCUCGAAGGGUUCUUCUUGCGGUUAAGGCUCGGGAAAUGGGAAGAAGGUCUUGGAGGAACAGGGUACUACGUAGCCCGCAUAGAUGGGGACACAGAGGGACAAAGCUCAAGGAGACCUUCAGAGAAGAGCUCAAUCUCAGUUAAGGUUAAAGGUGUGACUUGCCUUGUUGAGUCUCAAUUUAUAUCAAACCACGACUUUCUUGAGGAGGAGUUGAAGGCAUGGUGGCGGAGCGCAGGGAAAAGUGCCGAAAGAAGCGGCUGCGAGGGCAUCCCAUCGGCAGAGGAACUUAGUCGGAAAAUUCAGCAGAGAAAGAUGUUAAAUAGAUAAUACUUGUUUGAGGAGCAAAGGUUUUUGCUUAAUAGGUUUUACGUUUACACGUGUAUUUUUUAGUUUUGUUAAAAAAGAGAGUGUACAAUUUCUUGCUAAUGCAGAGGGCAUCGAAUGUCUCAAACCAGGCAACAAUCUAAAACUGGAUGUCCAAUCUAUUUAGAUUUGCGAGUUUUAUGUGUAUAGUCUAUGUGAAGGA